UUAAUUCAGUUUUUUAACAAAAUGAAGAAGUGGAUGGACAUGUCAAAUCUACCACAGGAUUUCCGAGAGCGAGUGGAGAGGCUGGAGAGAAAUUUUGAAGUGUCAACUGUGAUUUUCAAAAAGUUUGAACCUAUAUUUUUGGAUAUAUUUCAAAACCCUUACGAAGAAACCUCUAAACCGCAGCGAAGCAGGAAGCAGAGGCGGGUGCCGUGCGGUGCUAAAGAUCUCUUCAACUUCUGCUGGACUCUCUUUGUGUACACGAAGGGGAAUUUCCGUAUGAUUGGAGAUGAUUUAGUAAAUUCCUAUCAUUUACUUCUGUGCUGCUUGGACCUGAUUUUUGCAAAUGCCCUUUUGUGUCCAAAUAGAAGAGAUUUGCUAAACCCAUCGUUUAAAGGCUUACCGGGAGACUUCCACACGACAGAGAUCAAAGCCUCAGAAGAUCCACCUUGCAUCAUCGCCACGCUGUGUGAGCUGCACGACGGGCUUUUAGUAGAAGCAAAAGGAAUAAAGGAGCACUACUUUAAGCCGUACAUUUUGAAACUAUUCGAUAGGAAGAUUUUAAAAGGAGAAUGCCUGUUGGAUCUUUGCAAUUUUACGGAAAACAACAAAGCACUGAACAAAGAGUAUGAAGAGUACGUUCUGACGGUGGGCGACUUUGACGAGAGAGUUUUCCUGGGAGCUGAUGCCGAGGAAGAAAUCGGCACGCCUCGAAAAUUUCCUGCGGAUGUGCCAGCGGGGAAGACAGCAGCGAGAGCUCACGUGGAGUGUCAUCUUCAGCAGCAUUUCGAGAAGAAAAGGUCAUUUGCCCCUUCAACUCCACUGACUGGCAGAAGAUACCUCCGGGAGAAGGAAGCUGUCAUCACUCCCGUCGCUUCAGCGACACAAAGCGUAAGCCGGUUGCAGAACAUUGUGGCUGGAUUGAAAAACGCGCCCAGUGAACAGCUUAUAACUAUUUUUAAGUGA